UUAAUAGUACAGAUUUUCGUCCCAAGUAUUAUUUUUGAACAAUUACAAAAUAUUUGGCGCGUAACCUGAAUGAUGCCUGUUUAUUAAUCCCGGAUAACAUAAUUAUUAGCGAGGUGUGUCGUUACACCCUUCUGGUCAAACCACCUCAGGCUCGGUGGGUGAGGGUUUAUUUUUCUCAGCGCUGUAAUCGCUGUGCAGAUUUCGAACCCCUGAUCGGCGAAGUUUAAAAAAAUAUGCGGCUUAAACCGCGCGAAAUCGGGAGCUGGUUUGUCGCUUUGGGUCUUUUGGAACAGCGGCAAAAAGCUGCCGAUCAUGAGUUUGACAGCUAUCUGCGGGAUAUUUUGAAAGACGGCUCAAUACUCUGCCGUUUGGUGAAUCGGUUGAAGCCAGGGACAAUAAACAAGGUGAGAGAGGGACUAUUUAUCAACAGCAAUGAGAUCUGUUUCGGUAUUUUGUCAUGUAAAUGAGCGUGGUCAAUUUCACAAUUUUUCCGCUGGUCGUUCUCGUCGUAGAUCUACCAGGAACCACUUUCCGAAGAGGAGCGCUUGGAGAACUUCAGCUCAUUUCUGAUCGCCUGCCAAGAUCUGCAACUGAAAGACAACGAGGUUUGAUACCGAAAAUGAAUAAUUUCCUCACAUUAUGACUAUUUUAAAUAAACAUCAGCGUUCCGAUAUUAAAAUUUCAUGCCCUCUCUGAGCACGCUCAGCAAGUCGAAAUUAACAUACGCCAUGUUUUUGUGUGUAUAGAUUUUCACUCCGAACGAUCUCGACUCUGAAGAAGGGUUCCUUCGUGUUCUACGGACUCUUGACUGCCUUGAAAAUGUGGCCAACGGUACGUGAUCUGUAAAGUUAUCUCUUUCUCACUCAGACUCUCCCUAAGGCUAAAUAUAUUUUCUGUCAACUUUCAUUGAUUGAUUGUCAUGUGCUAUGUACGAACAAAGCGCUCGAUCGUGACAUUAGGUUCAGCUCUCAGCAUAAAUUCUGAUUCGAAACUGAUAGAUUUGUACAACUAGCUUUUAGAGCGUGUUUAUAGAGAUUGGUUCCUGUUUGUUGUUGCAUGAAAGCUACGGGGUUCCUUGUCCGCCUCGCACGCUCAAACUUUUGGAUCAGUUUGAUCUGUUGUGGUUGUUCGCGAAUUUUCUCAAAGGUAGGCACGAGCACACACUUGUUUACUGUUGUUUGGCGUCAAGGCUUGGGUUUUACUGCCAUAAAUUAUGACAGUUAGGGGUAUGACGUGCUUACCUUUCAGUGUUCUACUUGCAAAGUGAAUCGAAGCGAUAUUUUAGUACUUAUUUAUUGUAUUUAUAACGAGUUUUUGUUCCACUGGCAAACAACAGUUGGCUUUUCACGAUUUUGUAACAGGAAGAAGAAGUAAUAGGGUUGACUAUAGACGAAAAGUUACUUUUGCUGAUUGCAAAGGUAACUUGUUUCGAAAUACGUGAUAUGAUGAGGCGUGAACAAUUUUCAAGCUUGAGAUUCACUACUUUUUACGUCGAGCGAUCGUGAAUUUGUCAAACUCUCAUGAUUUUCCGAAAGGAAGUGAACUGAUAUUCAAGGAAAAUCCGUAUUUGGUAAUUACGCUUUUGUUUUGCGACAGAAGAAGUUUUGAAUUUCAUAUACAUAUUAAUACUCGUGCAUGAAUGGGAAGUGAAACUGACCGAACCUUCCAACACACUUGAUUCAGUAUUUCACUUUGACACAAGCUUUUUAAAACCUUGAUCGAUGUUUGAAUUCAAUUCGUCAUCUGCAAAUCAACGUGAAAGCCUACAGCGAUUUAUCCAUAGAGAAAAGUUUACUUCUAUGCUUCGGAAAGUCAAGGCUACACUUCGUAAGUUGACCAAAGAAAAAUAUUAUCGAUACUGCACACUUGUCUUCCGUGGUUACACAUCAGAUUUUAUCACUCACUUUUCAUAAUUCUUCAGUGAUCUUUAGAUAGCUAUUAGGAAUUGACAACAAAAUAAUUUUUGAACCUUUCCACUCAGCUAACUCAUAAAUUUAACGUGGUCGUCUAUUGUUCUGAACAAAAGAACUUGAGGUAUAUCUCAUUCUGUACAAUUGAAGUUUACUGCCAGCACUCUUACCCAACAUUGUUUUAGUGUGUGAUGUGUGUGAUGUGGACUUGAGAGAGAAUUGUCCUUGGCUAAUCCCCAGCAUUUUCUUUUUGAUAUGAGAAUUUGGUAUUAUAUCAAGACAACUUUAACAUCAUCAAGAUAACUUUGGUUUUCAGGAGCAUUAACCCCUUGCUCCGACCAAGGGCUAAUGCUCAAAACAUCAGCUUUGAUAAUCUUUAUGGUAACCAAUUUACAUUAUCAACUCAGUUGAUAAAUUCAAAGUUAUCUUGUUAUACUCCCCCCAGGAAGUAGCACAACAGUUUCUUUAGAAACUUACCCCCUUUAAUCAUUUAAAAUAAUCAGUUAAAUUUUGAAAUUGAUAAUGUAAGUUGUUUUAAGCAUUAGCCCCUCUUCAGCUUCAGCCCUGUACUUGUAGGAAAGGUAAUACCUAUUUAGGUAGGCCAAAAUGAAUUACUUUGGUUGAUGAAAAAAAACAAUCUUAAUGGGGGUGACACAAUUGCUGGUGAUCCAGAAGUUUUUAUUGUGACACACAAACAAAGAAGUGUUUAUAUAAGAUUCUUACUGAACAGAGAAAAACAGUUCUUCAAUCUUCAUUGCUGAACAAUUAUUCAACAAAGUGGAGGUAAAAAGCCACCAUUUUCACCUACACAGAGGUUAAUAUUGUUUUAGUGAAUACCAUACAGAAACCAAAAAAUAAGUUUAUUUUUGUCAAUAGUGAAAAAAUGUUUGGAAAAAUCUUAGAAGAAUGGCAUUGUCAAAGAGGUCUAAUAAACUGUGAGAAAUGACCCUUUUAACCAUUUUUGAUGUUACUAUAUUCAGGAUAUGGCAUGGGAAAGCAGUUUACUCAUCAUGAAGUAACCACUAUUGAUUCAGCACAAGAGUCAGAAAAAGAAGUUGUUGACGACACAAGACACCUUGUAAGUACAGAGAGGAUGAGUGAUUAAAAUUAAUACAUAUUUUUUUGUGAGUGUAGUAAUGGUCCAACACAAGCCAGAGAUAUUUAACCUUUUACUAGUUGUUUUUAAGCUUUUUUAAGUACCUUUGAAAAUGUAACUUAGUUUUACAUAGUCUUACAAGCAUUAGUGAUCCAAUGCACUGAGAGCUUGCCCUAAUAAAAAUCAGGUAAAAAAGGGUAUUUGCAGUUAUCAGUUACAUUAAUCAAUAGAACUUUCAUUCAGAUAGUAUCUGAAUUCUCCAAAAUAAUUUGUUUGUUGUUAAACUCUGAGCAAAUUUUUAACUUAUUUGCUCGCCAAACCAUUGCUUAUGUUUUUUCAAAAGUAUGCGCAGGCUUCUUCUGUCAGAUCAUGACAGAUACUUAUAAAAAAAAUAUUUCAAAGUUUGUUUGUUUUUAUGCAAAUAGAAAUGUUUCAGUUGAGCCUCUCUUUUUGAUUUGUAUUACCUCUGUUUUUUCUACCUUCUACUUGCUCAAAAAUUGUUCCAUUUCUGGAGGAUCUUGUGGUAAUUACAGCCCUAAGUUAUUCAGGUUCUUUUGGAAAACAUUUCUUUUGCUUUAGAAAAAAAAAGUUAUUCACCAGCCUAGGUCGGUCAGUAUCAAUUGGCAAAACUGUGCCCUCUGUCUUGCAUAUGGCCUUGGGUGGUAUCCAAGACCUCAGGCACAGUAUUUACCCAGUACUGACCUCCUGGCUGGUGAAUAACAUACAUAUAUUUUCUGGAAUAGAGAUGCACUAGCAGAGUAAAGUGUCCUGCCCAAGAGUACCACUCGUAAAUGAACCUGGACAUCUUUAUCUAGUCCAGUCUAAAAACCAUAUGUUGUACCUGAAUGUGUAGUUUAACAAGUGGGCCAUGCCUAGGAACUUGGGAUAAUCUAAAAGGGGCAUUCUGAAAAUGUUUCUAUUUGACCUAGGAAAUGACAGAUUAUGGAGUUGAUAUCCACCUUGUAAAAGCAGCCUUUCCAUUCAAUGGAAGAGAUGAAGAUGAGGUGAGAGAGGAUUUUUAGUAACAAAUGUAUUUAAAGGGGGCACCACAGGAAAGUUUUUUUUGGGCCCUUCAAAUCCAGACCCGGUCAUGCAGAUUGUGUUAUUUUAUGGAGACAGUGUAGCUGUGUUCAAGCCCUCCACUGUGCUACUCUCUGUAUUUGUUUGCAAUUGCCCGGAAUUCUACUCCUUUGGCUGCACUUUGUUUAUAGCCAACUGGUCUACCUCCUGCCAGUUGGGACUUUAAAAUGCUAUGUGUAUUCAUUCAUUUAUUCAUUCAUUCAUUUUGGUCAUGGAAGGCUCCAAUGGGAUGGUGGUCAAUUAAGUAUACAUAAUGUACAUACACUGUACAUAUAUUACAUUACAAUGUUAUCUCAAAAUAUAAGGCUAUAGAUAUCGCUGAUCCUAGCAGUAUGCAGGACGUGUGUCAUAUAUGAACUUUGUAAUGGGUCUGGCUCACCACAGAGUCCCUGUGGCUCAUGGGCCUGGGGCACCAUAGACCCUGUGGCUUAUGGGCCUGGGUUACCAUAGAGUCCCUGUGGCUCAUGGGCCUGGCUCACCAUAGAGUCCUUGUGGCUCAUGGGCCUGGGUCACCAUAGAGUCCCUGUGGCUCAUGGGCCUGGGUCGCCAUAGAGUCCCUGUGGCUCAGAGGUAGAGAAUGCAAGUGUAGAAUCCAAAGAUCUGAGGCUCAAUUUCUCAUGGUGACUCAGAAUUUUUUCUUUGUCCCACACUCAUGACAAGACAGAGAACAUCUCUCUCUAUUUCUUUACAAAGCUCAAAACUUACCACCUCUCUUUUUCUAUAUACUGUACAUGCCUGUACAUAUUUUUUGAUCCACUUGUGAAGCAGAGGGAGAAGUAAUUGUUGCAUCAAAAGUCAAUUAGGUCCUCUUUCUGCACAAUUUGUUAGUUGUAGCUGUAGUAGUUGAUCAUAGUUUGAGGUUUAACUUGAGCACUGACAUUCUCAUUUUUCCCAGCUCUGUUUUGAGAGAGGAGAUAUUCUGGAAGUUACAAAGGUUGGUAAUAAGACAGUCAUUGAUCUAAAAAAUUAUUUUGCAUAUUUAACUUUAAACUUGAUGAUACUUCACUUUUCUAAGAUGUUAUUUUUGUAAUAUUGAGGCCAAGGCUAGAUUUUACAAGAGUGGCCAUCUGCUUGGUUAUUUGCAGUGUUUUCAGAUCCCUUGUACUGUAUCUUCAGUCUAGUAAAACUAGAAAAAGUUACCUACAAUCCAAUUCUGAUUUGAAAAUUUAAAAUUAAGAUUCAGUACCAUUCCUUUUGUCUACAAUUUGAUGAUUAGAUGCUCAAAGAGUAAAAAAGUUAAUUUUUCAGAAAAGGCUUUUGAACAAAGGAAUAGAGAAACCUGGAUUAAAAUUUAUUCCUGGGCUAGUGCUAAUCCCACUUCGAACUACCAGGCCCAGGAGUAUAAAUGGGUAGCGGCAAAUUGUCAGGGAAGCCUGAUGAAAUGCAGGGGGUAACCUGGUAAUUGUCUAGGAUCCCAUCUAGGGGGGGUUAUGAUACUCCUAGUUGCUUCAUACUAAGGAAACUGAGAUAAGCUCUGGUUGGGCAGGCCUCUUGGUUUGAGUACAGACUUAAGUUUCUGUCUAUUUUAUUACCAAGCUCAAAAUUUAUCAUCUUUCUUAUCCCCUUUGUGCACCUGAUGCAGUACUCAGGACACAUGUCACAUAUGAACCUUAUAACAACUUAUCUUACUUUGGAGUCUCUGUGGCUCAGUGGAAGGGCAUGACAGCACAAAAUUCAUAGGUCUGAGGUUGGACUGCUCACAAGGACUCCAGAUUUCUUCAUUGUCCCAUGCUGUUGUAUGUUAUCAUCCAUAACAAGCAUUGUGUCUGUUGUAUCCUGUUUCCUUGCAGGCUGUAGAUGGAGGAUGGUGGGAAGGAACCCUAAAUGGCAAAGUUGGAUGGUUUCCUAGCAACUAUGUGAAAGAAAUAUCAGCAAGUAAGUGGCUCAUGGUGUUAUUAUUAUGGGUACCUGCACCCUUAACCCUUUUGAGUUAAGAUACAUGAAAGGCAUUUCCACCCAUCCUGAAAUGGGAAAGGUAAAACAAUAUUAGGGAGAUGAGACAAGAUAGCAUUUCAUCCCUGGUUUGCCACACUUUUUCGCAUUUUUCUGAAUGUCAAUUGGCAUCCAUUUAUUGUCAAGAAGGUGGAGAGACUCUUUGUGCAAAAAGCCUUUUUGAAUAACUUGACAAAUCUAUCUUAUGACUGACCCUUCCUAUCCUUUUAUUAAGAACCCCUAUUAGGGACCACCUUCUGUAAGGUCAUGAGAACUAGUUUAAUGAUCGCCAACUAAAGAAACUUUUGAUUAUUGGUCAAAUUCUCCUUGCCAGUAAAACAGGAAAUAAAUUGAAAACAGUAUGGAGAAUAUGCAUAUUGAUAGCACUGGACCCUUUGAUUUGGAGUCCAUGCAGAUGGACCUCAACAAUCCCUAUAACUGACUUGUGGUUAUAUAUUAUUAAAUGCAUUUAAUGAUCAAAAAAUAUUUCUUCAUUAACAUCCAGGUCCUGAACCUACAACACCAGUCACUCCUCAGCCAUCAUCAUCAUCAUCAACAAGCAGAAGGGAAAGUGCAAGGGUCUACCAUAACUUGGUGAGAUUUGCAUUUAUUUUACCAUACUUGUGCUUUUACUCAUUUUACUCAUUGUGCUUUUUACUCAUUAUCUGUUUUAUUAAAUUUAUUAUAAUUUUUUUGAAACAUAACUUUAUUUCUGUGUUCAUUUCUCCUAUGUCUCACACAGGUUGUUCAAAACAUAUUGGAUACUGAGAGAGCUCAUGUUAGUGAACUACAGGUAAGUUUCAAUCAUCAACUAUUUUUUUGUCAUCUAGUUUACAUUAAAAAAUGUACAUGAUUAACAUUAUGAAGAUGAAAAUUAUGAAAUUUCUUAAAUUUGGAUUGUGACUACUGUGGGGUUGCAACAAAUUAGACAUGUUAUGCAGUUGGUAAUCAGUAUUUUUAAAAUUAGUUAUGUGUAGUUGAAGUGAUCCAAGAAAAAGAAGUCACACUGUGAUACUGUUUGGUAAUUAAUUUUUAAUAAUGUUUUGAAUUCUCCUAAGCUUGGAUGAUCACUUUUUUUGUUUACAGGCUUUAUUACAAAAUUACUUAAAACCCUUACAGGCUUCAAACACGUAAGUUUGUGUAUUGUAUCAUGUGAUUAAUUUAAGUAUUUGUAAUUAUAAUUAUAUUAUUUAUUAUAACAGCUCUUGUUAGGCAUUAUAGUGGUAGCUUAUCAACCGGAGAUAAAACUGUUUUUUUACAUGAAACCUCACAUUUACUUAGAGGAGCACUGCUCGUAAUGCUCUAAUGAGGGUUAGGCACACUUAUCAAACAACUUCUCCAUAACCAUCUCAGCUGUCAUGUUGUCCAUGAAUACAUUUCACCAAAACAACUGCAAUUCCUUGGAAUGAAAGGCAGUUGUAGGUGGUCUGAAAAAUGGCCCAUGAUAAAAUGAUGUAGCUUCUUGAAUCCUAAAUAGCUGAUGUUCAUUUUUCUCUUGUUUAAACAUCAGAUUACCAGCACAAGACAUGAAGGUUCUUGCAGGAAACUUUGAGGAGAUCGUCCAGUUUCAGCAGAUGUUUUUCAAUAUCAUGGAUGAAUGUGCACAGUAAGAAAUUAAUUUUGUUUUAUAUGGGUCAUCAUACCCUCUAUACCCUGGUUAGGAAUACGUUUUUCCCAGUGGUGGGGUUGGCCUCUGGUCAGCUAAACCCUUAAACUCCCAGAAGUGAUUAAGGUGUAACUUCUCCCUGCAAUAUCUAUACAUUAUUCAGCAAACAGGUAAUGAGAAUACUCAAAGCUAUCAGGUAUAAGUUGUCAUCUUGAUCUAACAAUAAAUUCUUGUGACUAAUUAGCCAGGAAAUGUGUAGUAGCUAGAGAGGAGAAUUAAUGAUCAGAUGUUGGGAGUCAAAGGGUUAACUCUUGAACUAUCAGAAGUUAGUUAAAUUCAAUCUCUCCUUUCAAAAUCAAAACAUUAUCCUAGGAAAAGUUAGAAAGAAUGGGAAGAUGUAUUAGUCAGAAGUUAGAUUUGUAAUCUUGGUGUAACAUUGAGUUUCCACGGAUAUUUGCUCAGAUAAUUGCAUAAUUUCUGGUGCAAUUUUGAUGGAAUAAUCAAGGGUAAUUUUUUCCAAUGACCAACAAUAUUGCACAAGCCCAAAGGGCAAGUUGAAUUUUUUUUAGUCUUAAGAGAAAUUUACAAGUGCUUAUUUACUCUAAAUUUCACAAGAAAAAUAGUAUGAUGACAUAUUAAUAUCAUAUACUCAAUCAGGAAUUAAUGUUUUACUAUUCAUUACUAUUUAUUUACUUACUUGCUUUGCCUCAGACUUCCCUUACCUCAACAAAGAAUGGGGGCUAGCUACUUGCAGAUUGCUCCUCAGGUAAGCAGAGUCAGCAACAGUUUUUGCUUUUGAAUGGUUUUUUUGUGGGAUCGCCUGUUGCUGAUCUCAACUCUGGUUUAGGUUCAAAGCAGGAUGACACAAGUUCAUUCAUUUCCUCCUUCCUGCUACUGCAUAGACCCAGCCAAAUAUUUUGUGUGAAGUCUGUUUUUGUCUUGACAUACAUGAUUUUCUACUUCCUUUGUGGAUUUUAACCCUUUAACCGCACACAUACGAGAAUAAAGGAGAUGAUCACAGACUAAAGAAGCUCUUGGCUGAUUAGACAAAUUCUCCUUGUCAGCACCUCAGGAAAUUUACAGAGAGCAGUAUAGAGAGUAUGCAUACUGAUAUUAGGGUGUAAAGGGGCUAACCUUAAGCAAGACCCUAGAUGGUCCCUGUCUGUUAGCCAUAAAAAUCCUUUCAAAGUGAUGUAUUUUAUUCAGUAUUGGUGUACAUGCAAUUUCAGAUAAGGAUUGUUAACAUUGUUUUUAUUCAUUUACUUUCCAAAAUAACAGAUGAAGGAAUUGUAUCUGAUGUAUUGUGCAAACCACCCUAGAGCAGUUGAGGUCUUAACAAAAUACAGGUAACUUUAAACAGUUAUUAAUACUUUUAUACACAGGUAUUAUUGUUCAAUCUAACAUUAAAUGCGUCAAACAUUAUUCUGGCAAGAUGAACUGAUAAAGUCAUUAAACAGUCCAUCUUUGUCUUGGUAUUUCCAAGACUGGUCAGGCUAGGACAUUUUUCAUUUGAACUCUAAGGGCAGGUUAUGUAAACUAAGUUUUGCCAUUGUUUAACAAAACUGUGUUCUAAACCAUCUUGAAAUUUGGUCCAUCUUUCAUCUAAACAUUUAUUUUCUGAACAGUGUCAAGGGGGCCAAAAGUUAGUUGUGGAAGGACAUUUAUUUAAUGAAAACAACCCUCUCAUAGAAAAUACUCAAGGUUCCCUGCUAGUGUAAAACCAUGGCCCUAAAAUGUUGGAAGCUUAAUAAAGUUUUGACUGUUGUUUACUGCUUUGCAGUGAUGAGCUAUCAGCCUUUAUUGAAAGCAAAGGAGCACCAGCACCUGGAAUACUAACUUUGACGACAAGCCUCAGCAAUGUGAGUUCAAAUUUAUGGUGGAACUUCACUUAAUAACACUGUCUUGAGGGAAAUGAAAAGCAGUUUGAGAUGUGCGAGAAAUUCAUACCUCAAGAAAAAUAGCUUUAAGUUUGAUUUAUUGCAGCUGACUUACACUGUCUUGCUUCAAGUUGGCAAAUUGAAAAAAUGAAUUUUUUUAAGAAAAUUUUGUAUGAAUUAAUGUUUGAUUUGAAAACAGUAGAUUGACCACCAGAAUUGGAUUUUAAUUUACAAGUUUCUGUAACUACACAACUUCAUUUUUUUGACCAUCCAGCCCAGGAAAAAAAAAAUUGUCAUUGUUAUUAUCAUUGUUAUAAUUACUACUAUCAUUGUUGUUGAUGGUUUUAUUAUUAACAUUUUUAUCAUUGAGAGGUGUGACAUUAGACAAGAAAGAUUAUUGUUAGCUUCAACAGUUUCUCGUUUAAAGUAACCAAUUUUAAUGUUUUUUUUUUCUCAGAAAAUUCCAGUUUCUCUUUUAAAUUCGUGAACUUUCAGUUUUUAUGGAUCUUAAUUAUUCACAUGGCUUCCUUGUUUUUUUUUUCAUUUUCUCACAGUUAUAAAGCUGUUGUUAUUUUAACCUAAGAGGUCAUUGUUUCGAUUCUUAUCAGAGGAUUUUAACCAAAAUCCCUCUUUUUUGAUUAAAAAUUCCAAUGCAUCACUUGAUAAAAUUAGUCUUCGUUAAUUUUGCUUUAAAACUAACUUUCCUCAUGUUUUCCCUGACAAAAUAAACCAUAUUUGAAAAUUUGGCUGUGUGUUUUAAAACCAAAAAGACAAAUACUGUGAACCAAAGAUUAUAAUAUUGAACUUUUAUUGUGCUGUGAUUUAUUAAUUAAUAUUAAUUACAAACAAUUUUUUCACCCUCUAUGCAUCAAAAUAAAUUGAGGUGAUUUAUUUAUCAUCAGCCUUUUAGACAUCUUGGCAAGUACCCAAAUCAUAUGAAAGAACUGGAGCGCCAUCUUGAGGUAAUGGGUUUACAACAAAUGCUAUUAGUAUUAACAUUGUCAGGUGAAAGUAUUGCUGCAGAUCACAGGACAAGGUUUUUGUUCAGAUAAGAAAUUGCAGAAGAAUUUUGUAAAGAAACAGCUCAAUAAUCCUUAUAUCUGAAGUGAAACAAAGAUUUAUUACAUCAUCAAAAUUAGGUAAAAAAAUUUUUCACAAUAGCACCCUGGCUGUGGAAUGGAAGGGUGGAAGGUUCAUAUUUAUUUAAUUUUAAUUGAAAAAGAAUAGUUUUGAAAUGCAUCUCCAAUUUUUUUUCCUUAUUUUACCCCUGGAAUUAUUUUUGUAGGUUUUAUGUCAUAGGAGACUCUGGUUGACAAAAUAUAACCAGAAUUACCAAUGUUAUUCUUUUUUUAGUUAUUUAAUUUGGAUAAUUUAUUUUUUUAAGAUCAAGCAUGUGUUUCUUUCAGAAGGAAAUCCUAUUGUUUUUUCCAUUGAUUGUCAAAGAAUUAUUAUGGCAACCUUUUUUAAAUCAAUGGAAGAUUCUGGACAGUUAUUUUUAAGUUCAUGAUUAAUUUUAUUUUUGGAAACAUGACUAGGAAUUUUUACUCUGAUUGCUUUUCUUUUCAAAGGAGGGACAUGUAGAUGAACUGGAUACUAAAAAGGCCAUUGCUGUGUUUCAGAACUUGACUGUGAGUAUUAGUAGCACUAGGCCAUAUAAAUUUAGCUGUAAAUAUAUUCACAGCAAUAGCCAGCUGGUUUUUGAAAUGGGCUACAUAUGAGAUCUUAUUAUCUGAUUUGUAAUUCUCUGCUAAUUUCUUUGUCAUUUAGCUAGAAGAAUUAAAAUAUUUAUCAUUAUGACAGAAAACAUAUGUGAAAAAUCUGUCCUUCCUCACUGCUUGCAUGCUGGAUAAUGUUUUGAAAUUGCAGUUGUGAGGACAGGUUACAUGUUAAUUAUGUUUGGUAGUUUGGAGGGUGAAUCUUUGACAAGGAAACAAAUUCAGGACACAGAAGCUACAAAAUGAGCACAAUUAGGCAGAAGUUGACAAGACUAAAAGCAGAGAUUAUGUUGGGGCAAACUUGAAAAACAUUAGCUCAACACAUUUCAGUGUUAUCUCAUUCUUUUACAGAUGGAAAUUUUUUUUUGAUGCUGAACCCUCAUUCAUGCUUUUUUGUUUGAUUUUGCUAAUAAACGACUCUUUCUGUGCUGGCAUGAAUUCAAGAAAUGGCAACUUGUGUGGAAAUACUGAAAAUGUCUUAAUGAAGACCCUAAUGAAGCAUGUUUUGAGAACAUUUGGGUUUGGCUGGUUUACCAUAAUUGUAAAUAACUGUCAUGAUUGUUUCUGCAUUGGUAAUCCGAUCUCAUGUCACAAUGUCACCCUUCCCCUUUGGGAGAUUAACCCAUAAUCACUUAAGUUCUUAAUACCAUACUUGUCAUUGCCAGUAUGACUGUCACUAUGGUAUUGUUUGAUAUCUUGAAGACUUACAGAAUACUUGUGAAUUUGCAGCACUAAAGUUUGUUUGGGGUUGAAGUGUCUAGUGUCACAAGACACUCAACAGUUGAUGAUGUUGAUAAUGCGACUUUUGCCUUGCGGCUGUGGUGUAAACACAGGCAAUUUCCUUCCAUUUCAGACAAGCUGCCAUGAAACUAGAAAACGAAAAGAAACAGAGUUAGAAAUGCUUACAGGAACUAUAGAGGGAUGGGAAGAAGAGGUAAAGUGAUAUUGAGGAGAAAACUCAAGAUAAAAUAGAGAUAUUUUAUCUCCCUGUUUGACAAACAUUCAUUUACAUCAAUGAGAAAAUUGCUCUUGUAUGUAAUGUAAUAUAUCAAUUUAACUUAAUUUGUGUGAGGUAUGGUUUUUCUUGAUGUUCAUGUUUAUACCACCAAACCUUCCAUUCUAUCUUAUUCAUGUUCAAUACAUGUAUAAAAUAAGUUCAAACUCUGUGCAUGUGUAAGUGUGUCUUGUGAACCCUUUUGACCAAGAUCUGUCAUAACUUUUGUUGAUUAGGUAUCAUAACUUUAACUGUAAGGCUUUAAUUUUGAGUUUUAUUCUGGAGCUCCAGUGAAACUGAAAUGUUUAAUAACAAGGGACAUACAUACCAUGCAUGUCAGAGUUCCUCAGUAUUGAAGAGAGGUUAACAUUUCUCUUCAAAUUUUCUGCAGUUUUAUUAGUCUUCUAAGCAUAAUUACUUUCAGAGUACUUUUUAUGAUUCCAAAAUGCUCAGAUUGUAAACAAAUUCAUACUCGUUCCUCACUGCCAUACAACUGCUCUGUUACUCAAUAAAGAAAUCAUUCAUUUACUUAUUUCACAAGAGAAUUUUAUUACCUGAUUAUUAAAACUGUGCUGUUUGAUGGAUUUAAUACAGCAGUGUUAAUUCAUUGUCUAAGUUAUGUACUUACUCCAUGCCUGGUUAAACCGAUUGGAACCCACAUCAAAAUUAUCUUGAUAAAACCAUGAUAUUAACUAAUUAACAUUUUAUUAAUUAACAUAAAUGUUUUUCAGGACAUAAGCAAACAGGGCGACCUCAUUUUGAUGUCACAGUUUUUGAUACAUGGAGAAAAUGGGGUAAGGAACAAUAAAUUAAAGUUUCUGUUAUACUGCAAGUUCAUCUGAAAGCCCAAAGGAUGAUUAAUGGAAGUCUAAUUAUUUCCUAACCUGGAUGACAUUUGGAUCAUAUACAACACAAUUUAUAUUAUUGUUUUAGUGUUACUGGGCAACAGAAUUGUCUGGUUAAGGAAUUGCCAGAUGAUAAGAAUUUAGAGGACUGUCAUAUUAGUGUGUGGUUUGUCCUCACCAAAGAAGUUAUACUUUAGCUUCAUGCAAAUGUAUAUAUUAAUUUAACUAAUUCCCUCAGUUAUAGCACUACUAUUUUUAAAUGGGCUCUUUCUAUUCUUGUUGUCAUGUAUUUACAAGUCAUUUCAAUUUUUUUUCCUUUUUUUAAGAUGUUAUUUUCAUUCUGAGUAGCCCAUAGUCACAUUUUAGAACACUCUGGUCACUAUAAAUUGAUAAUAAAAUUCAAGCUUAAACAAUAUUGAAAAUUUACACUCAUUUUGAAUUUGAAUGUUACAUGUUAAAGGUGUAUAUGUAAUCUAAUGAGGGUAGUUCACUUGAAAGACAAUCAUCUACAGGAUAUAAAUCCAUUUGCCAUAUGUGCCAGACCUGUCCGCAAGUUUACAUAGUAGACCUAUACAUCUAACCUUUUAACAUCUCUUCUGAAGGUGCCUGCAUUUGUAGCAUUCCUCCAUAUUGUUUCAAUACAUGUUGAAGUCAACAAUUUAUUCAUUCUUUGUCACCAAUUUCCUGUCUUCUCAAUAACGGUGGUUUUCAAUUUCAAGCAUAUUGAAUUAAAAAUAAUGUAGCUUCCACUUUUAAUUAUGUUUUGGGGAUAUUUCAUGAAAACUCUUACGAAAAAAGGUUUAUUACAAAAUAUCAGGCUGAGUAAGUAAUUCAUUAUGUUUUUAUUACAAUGAGUAAACCUUGGGUAUCUGCUGGUUGCAAGCAUUAGUGACAGCCGAGAAAUGCUUGUUAUGUUAAAAAGAUCGCUUAGGGUUACUUGAUAUGAGAUAGCUUUUCCAGUGUUUUCUUUGAGACCUUACCUUUCAGCAUGUUGUUUGGGAUGAUAAAUUCACUUAUCAAUAUUAACCUUGCAAUAUCAACAACAGGACCUCACAUAUUUUGCUCAUUGAUGUGUUACACAGGAGGUUAGAGAGAGAUCCUUUCUGCUGUUCCCAAACUGUAUGAUUAUCCUAUCAGUAAAUGCCAAUGCAUGUGGCUAUAAAUUUGAGGUGAGUUUUUUUUUUCCUCGUUGUAGGAAAAAGCUAAUUUUUAUUCACUUGCCUUUGUGCUUGUGUUAUUCUCAAGCAGAAUAGUGAUAGUUCUCGUUACUAAUCCCUUUAAUUUCUUUUGAUGUCAAAUUUUUUAGCAGCACAUUUAUUUUUAAUCAUAGCACCUAAUCAGUUUGAUUGAUGUAUCUUAAUCCUUAUCACCUGUUAUCUUUUCCUUUAUUAACCUUUCACACCCUAUCAUCAGCAUGCAUAUUCUCCAUACAGAGUCCAUACGGCUGUCCAUACAUUUCCUUAGGUGCUGACAACGAGAAUUUCUUUAACAACCAGACCUUGUUUAACUGAUUAUCAUAUCCUUUAUUCUUGUGACCUUAAUGUGGAAUUUAGGGGUGAUAUUGUAAGGAGAAAUUAGAUGCUUGGUACUCUUAGGGAUCAAAAGUUAAUAUUGCACUAACUAAAAAUAAUUUUUUUUUUUUUCAGAAAAAGUAUGGCCUAUCAGACCUAACCAUACGUUCACUAGAAGAUUCAGAAGGCAUUCUGAAUGCUUUUGAGAUAAAAGGCAAGUGUAAUCUCUGAGGUAGAAUUAAACUGAAUAGAUUAGUCUCUUAGACCAGAAUCUUGAAGUUAUAUUGUUGUAGCUAUGGCAUCCACCACUGAUUUUUGGACACCAGAGUUUGUUUGUUUUGGGUUGUUCUCUGUGAUAUUUAAGAAGGCAUUCUGAAUGCUUUUGAGAUAAAAGGCAAGUGUAAUCUCUGAGAUAGAAUUAAACUGAAUAGAUUAGUCUCUUAGACCAGAAUCUUGAAAUUAUAUUGUUGUGGCCAUGGCAUCCAUCACUGAUUUCACUGAUUUUUGUACACCAGACUUUGUUUGGUUUGGGUUGUUCUUUGUGAUAUCAGAGUAAUAAAGCUCUUGGGCUGCUUAGUGCAGUCAUUGCUGCCACAAAUUGAAUUUAUAGGGCUCUUAUUCAACCAUUCUUCUGUCAGGAUAAUGGUGUUGAGACCACAAUUAAAUUUAUUUUAGUUGGUGGAAAACACAGCUUUAAAGGAAGACUGAAUGCUGCCUGUGUGUGUGUGUGUGACAUUUUGUAUUUAAUUGGUGGUAAAAUUCUGAAAUUAUCUGAUGAAUUUUACAAAUGAGUAAGGGAGUAUAGAAAACCCAUUGAAGUGGCCUCCAUCACAGAGCUAAAAAUUAUGAGAGGUAAUAGUAUUGACACACCUUUGUUGUUGACCUUAUAGUCAAUGGAGAUGUCAUGAAGCUUUCUACAAACCAUCCUCAUGAGAAGAAUGCCUGGCUGGAUGCAUUUCAACCGCCAGGGCAAAGUUCAAGGAUUCGGCAACACUCAGAGAAAGGCAGUGUGACUUCACCAUCCCCAUGGGUGGAGAGAAAUCCAGGGUCACUGUCAGAAAGGACUUAUUCAAAGUCGAGCCCUCCUCGAAGUGACUCUAUUGGAUCACCACCAAAUUCAGCCACACCCAAGGGUUCUAUUAGCACCUCUGGUGUACACUCACAGGUAACAAUUAAUGAUCCCUGCAGAAGUUUCAAGAAAAUUUGGUUCAAAUGGGUAUUGAAGAAUAGCUCAUAGGUAGUUUUGAAGGUGGGAGGGCCUCCUUCUCCAAUGGAGGUGUAGGUCCUUCAGAGAGAUUUUGGUUGAGACUCUGAAUUUCCUUUUCCUGCAUUUUUCAGUCUAUUACAAUUUAUGUUGCUUUUUUUAAGUGUUCUACCUUAUUUUAAGCACAAUAUGUAAAGGAAAUGUGCAAACCUGUAGAGCAAUCCUUUUACCUUUUGAAUUUUCAAGAAUUCCAAGCAAUUUUAGAUGGUACCAAGUGGUACUACAGAGAGUGAAUUUUACCAGUUACUGUCUGCAAAGGAGAAUGCUUAAUGCUGAACAGUAGACUUGGUGUUCAGCUUCAGUAUCUACAGACUUAGCAUAAUUCCAAUUUUUUGAAAUAUACUGAAUUAAACCCUUUUCAGUUGAUUAAGAAACAGAUCUGUUUUCCAAAUGGGAGUUAACAUUGUUUUGAUUCAAGCUCAGUUUAUAAUAUGGAAGUUUUUGAAAGAUAAAGUAAAUCAUGUGUUCUGUUUGGCCACUGAAAAGAAGGAAAAACUACCUUUAAAUAGCUCUCUGACCUCUGAGAAACCUUUUUUCAACUCUAUGAAUGAUAUUACAGCAAUGAUAUGUCCUGAAGUGUAGUUCCUUAAAAGUAAAAACUUUAGGUAAUGUUCAGCUUUCUUCAUCUCAACACUGUCUAUAAUGCUUAUUUUUUGUGCUUAUUUAUAUGAAGUCUUCUAGUGAUGGUUCCAAGUUCCGUUCUGUAUCAACGUCACAUUCGGUAGCUACUGACUUGACUGCAUUCAGCUCAGCCCCUCACAGUCCAAACAGAAAAGGACGCUGGGAUUUCACCAGGCUUAGACCCACUCCACCCCUGAGACCAGCAUAUGCACUGAUCGCUAAGGAGGUAAUAUACUGAAACAAAAAAUGUUAUAACUUAGUAAAAAGUCAGUAAUUGUUACAUCAACCUUUUCAGGCUUCACCAUUAUUUUAACUUGUGCCUUGCAGAUACCAGUUGGGGGCCAUUACCAAUUGAGCCUAAAAGGCAAAUUUCUUUCUUUCUUGUACAGGAAUUUGUGAACAACUUGUUAGGAAGUAAAUUCUAAUUUUUUUUUUUUAAGGAUACAUCUACAACACAUCGAUCUAUGAGGGGCCUGCUUUAUCCAUCAAGAAAGAAACAGGGUAAGUCAGAGAAUUGGAUAGAAUGUUCAGCUCACCUCAGACACUUGCAUCAUGACUGGUUAUCUACUUUCAACUUCACUGCCCAGUUGUUCAAAUGUGGAUGUGUGCCAAUCUAGGGUUAAAUUUUUAUCUCGGUUUCUCUACUCCUUUGUUCAAAAGCCUUUUACAGAUAAUUUUCUCUUUUACUUUUAGAGCUUCCAAUUAUCAAAUUGUAGACAAAGAGAAUUGUACUCAAUUUUCUUUCAAAGCCAUCAAAUUGGAAAUCAGAUUUCACAUUUAAAUUAACCCAGCUUUGAACAACCUAGCCCACAAGUCUUCUAGCUGUAUUUAACCCUUUAACUCCCAGAUGAAAUUUGUAAUUCUCCUCACUGUUAACCAUACAAAUCUUUUAAUGAUAGUUCAGAGAAUUUAGUAUUGGAUCAACUAAUUAUCCCCAAAAUUGAUAUUUUUCUUUAUUCUCAUCAUUUAUCUGGUUGAUAUUUUAUUAAUAUAGUAAGAAGAAAUUCUGUCUUGGUCACUUAAGGGAGUUAAAGGGUUAAAAUAACAUUUAUAUCCUUUAAAUUCCAUUUUAAAGAACGGUUUAAUUAAUCUAAGGCAAAAGAUUAACAUCUUGUAAACCAAGGCAAACCAUAUGCUUUACCAUUUGAAUCCAUUUGCACCCAUAGUAGAAAUCGCUCCACCACGUCUUUUAUGUAGUUGUAGGGGUGCCAAAUUACUGGAGCUUGAAGGAGUAUUAUUACUAUUUAGUGGGCAGCAAUCACUCUAUGAUAAACGAGCUUGGAUUACAUUAACAGCAGAAAUGUAUUUGAUUCUCAUAAUGAAUGAAAUUGUAGAUCAACUGCCACAGUUUAUUAAUAACGAUAUUAAAAUUUUAUGAAAGUAUUUUUAGGGGUUGAAACAUAACUCACACUAACAGUCUCCUUAAAACUCAGUCAUAGGGUGUGCUUAACAUCCCUGAUAUAGUUGGUUUUCAUCCCUAGAAAUGCAUGUUUCACAGACAGUGAAGAUUUAUAAUCAAAGUUAAUAUAGGAGGCUUGUUUUUAAUCAGAAAAGAGACACUUACUGUGCAAGUUUCAACCCCAUAAAUCAAACUGAUGUUGAUCAAAUGAAAACAUAACAUGUAAAAUACUUAAAAGUCAGAAAAUUUGAAUUUUUUUUUUAAUUUGAAAGGUUAUGUUAUUUUGUGAACAACACAGGCGUACUUGGAGAAAAAGAACUCCUAGUGUUCCCUAUGAGAGUCAAACCUACAACCUCUUAGCGUUAGGAGCACUUGCAGCAGUUCUUUUCCUCUGUUGUGAGUAUGUCUGUGUCAUUUAAUGAAGAACAUCAUCUUUUACUAAAUAACCACACCUGAAAUUAAUCAUCUUCAACUUUUAAAUUUAUGGAUUUAUUUUGUGAAGUAUACAAACUUAUUAAACUUCUGAACUAACAUCAGAAACCUAUCUCCUCCCCUUCAACCAGUUUCCAUCUCAAGGCCAAGUUUCAAAGGUGAUGAAUAACUUCUCUUGUAGGUUGUCUUACGCUUAAUCCUCUUACAUCUUUCAAAUCUUGCACUUCGGACUGUAAGUAACUUUUUGCUAAAAAUAAAUUUCUCAAAUUGUCCCUGCUUAAUUAAAGUUUUAAUGCUUCCAGCCUUUUAAUACUAUCGGAUGCUCUUAACUUGUAUGUAUCUCAAAUUAGUAGCUUCAAAACCUCCUUGCAAAAUAAAUGAAAAUACGAUUAAAAGAGAGCUCAUCCUUUUUUUUACUUUUUUUGUUCCAGUUGUCAACUUCAGUUUUCUAUUAACCCUUUUCUCCUCAGUGACAAUAUUUCAUGCAAAGAUGUUCAGCAUAGCCACAAAAAAAAUUCAAAUAAUUUAUUCAGGGUGUCAAUGGGUCUUUAAAUUAGAUUUGAGAGGUGGCUUUUUUGGUAACCCUUUGAUGCUAAGAGUGAUUAGCAUGUAAUUUCUCCACACAAUAUCACCCCUGAAUCACACAUUAAGGUUACAGGAGCAAAUAAAAUUAUGAAAAAGUUGGAACAGUUGUUCCUGAGAAAGUGUUUCACCCUCAGGGUUUCUCUGAGUGGGAAAAGGAACUUUGCCUUUGUGUUUGCUCUUUGGGUAGAGUUUAGGAAUCCUCCUCAGUUAACGAAUGCAGUUGUGUUACUGGGUCUUUAAAAUUUGACUGUGGAAAUUCAGUUACUUUAUAAUUAUACUCUGUUGCCAUCAAUUGUGUUUCAAAUCACCUAUUAAAGAAUUGUUUGAUAUUGUGCAAAGUUGGUGCGCAAGCUUUAAUUCAAUUUUGCUAAUGUUCUAUUAAAAAAACAAAAUAAGUUGUGUCUUCUAAACAGUACUGAUUGUAACUGAAAAUGAGAUAAACUGAUGCUGAAACAAUGUAGAAUUGAGUAAUGGUACAAGCAGUGUUUAAUCUGUUGUCAUGCAUAUCCAACUGACAUAAUUAAAUUUUAUUAUACUGCAAUUUUGUAGUUACCGUUUUUCUUUUACCUUUAAAGGCCGGUCAAAGAGUGAACUUGAUGAUGAAAGAACCAACAGUACCUCAGGUAAGCCUUAAUCUGUUUGAAGUUAGUUACACUGCUCAUUUAUUUGAGUUUACAUGACUGUCGUGUUACCAUUAUCAUAAGGAUAUUACUGUAAUGGUAGGUAGCAUAAGAAGAUCUUCACAAAUAAAUGAUCUGAGGUCAGGGCUAAUAGUUGAUUGUGUAGUGUGAUCAUGUGGGUGCGAGUAAUCCAGAAAAUGAGUUGUUGUCAGGAGCUGUGAGUGAUGUUUUAACGAAAUCUAAGGGAAGUUACUACUGAUGUAGACUUCAGCUCAAGUUGGCAUAAAUUAGUCAGCUCCUGACAACAGUCAGCUCCUGAUAACAGUCAGCUCCUGAUAACAGUCAGCUCCUGACAACAGUCAGCUCCUGACAACAGUCCUUUUCAGGGUUCCUCUCAGCAGAAAAAUCAGACCACAAGAUUAAGCGAAAUCUCUAAUUUUUUAGACCAAUUAUUUAAAUUAAAACUAGAAAUCAAGUCAUAAACAGGCAGAGGGCAUCAAGGGUGAGAAAAAUUAUUAGAAAAAGAUAUCAGCCAAUUUUGAAUGGAAUUUUGUAUGUGCUUGUAAUUUGAAUCACAAGACGUUUCAUGGUUGCUACCUGUAUCUAAAGAACAAGGGAGCAAAUAAGCUGUUGUCAAACAAAAUUUAGGGUUGCAUUUUUAAUUGGUUUGAUAAUAUCAUCCCUAUUAAAGUAAAGAAAUAUUUUUUAAUGCUCAGGCAAUUAAUGGAUACUAUUUAUGCCAACAAGUGAUAUGGAAUUAUUGAUUUUAAAAAAAGCUGAGUUUAUCGAUCAUGUGUUUUCUCCUCAGGAAAUAGCCGUGUACUAGAGGAAGACAUGCUUAUUCUCCGAGUUGUGGAGUCUUACUGUACAAGUGCAAGAGCACGGCAUACUCUAAACAGUAAGUUUUGCAUGUUAUCGUCAUAACUUGACAUUUAUCACCUCACAAGUUACAUGUCCAGUUUUACAUUUUGAGUAGACUUUAGUGUUUAUCUAUAUUUUCUCAGUGUUAGGACAAAGCAUUUUGAGUUCAGCGAUUUUCCAAGGAAUCAAACAUGAGUGUGGAGUACUAAGCUUUUCCAGGUUCUUUGACUGUUCAGAUAAUUCUUUGAUCUGUAAGGAAGGACUGUUUUGUAUCUUGAAAAUCUUUGAAAUAUGUUCCAUCAUCUGCCUUUGGCUUCUCUGUCACACAUCUAUUAAGCAGUUAAAAUUACUCAUGAUCUAACAUGAACUCAAUUUGUUUUGUUGGAAAUUCCUGCAUCAAUAUUUAAUUGUAGAAAACUAAUAUUAGCUUCUGGCAACCUUGUCAUUUCACAAGUGUGUACUGUACAUCAUAAUGCACAUUUAGAUCUUAAGUAGACUCGUUUUCAUUGGCUAAUUUUCAGUAUCAGGAUCAAGUUAACAGACAGGUCAAACCUGUUUUUACUUCUUAAAUGCCAUGCCUUCAAAACGUUGGCAUUGAUAUUACACCAAAUAAUUGAAUUACUGCGCGUUGUUUCGGAAGGGGAUUGUGAUCAAUGUUUCGCUUAAAGGUAAUGAUGGUCUUCGUGCUGUCAUCAAUAAAUGGGCAGACAGUAGAGAACUACCCGUAAGCAUAUGAAGGGUAUCUGCCAAAUCUUCAAACUGAGUGACUUCAUUAGGUAAAAAGAGUUUCCUGUCAAGCAUAGAAGAAAGAUUCUUUUGCAUGUCAGAUGCAGCACUAGUCGUUUUGAACCUGUUUGGGGGAAAACUUUACUUUCUAAACCUCUAGCCAAGGAGGGUUUGAAGGGACAUUUCAGUGGGAAGAACUGAUAGGUCCCAUAUGUUUUCCCUUAGUUGUGGACUGUUAUAAAUAAGCGAACAUUGUCUUCUAAACAAAGCAUCACAUAUUUCUUAUUUCAUUUGGUAAUUUAAGUUUUUUCGGGUGGUUAGUGCAAAUGCACUGUCUAGCUUAACCACUGAAAUUUGUCUGGAAUUGUCUGCCGUAAAAACAUGAGAGAGUAUAGAUGGUUGCUUUUGCCAAUGCCUGUUAAAGUUUUAGUUGGAUUUGGCUCUCGAUUUCGUCAGCAUGGAUGCAUGAAUCAAAGAGUAUUAAGAUUGGCCUCAUCUAAUAUUGAUUGUGAAGCGACAGCUUCCAAGUGUUCAACGCAAAAUGAUUCAGCUUUUAUUGCUUUCUAUAGCCUUGCGAUUUCUGUUACCCUAACACUUUUCUAUGAUAGUGUAUGGCACGCAUUUUCUUCAUACUGAUUCAGUAUAAGAAGCAGAUGUGUUACGUUUAUGCCACAGCUUUAACAUUACUUUAUUUUUCUCCUGUAAUCUAGUGCAGAGUUAAUAACAUGAAAUAAUUUUGUGUUGUACCACUCUAGUUUCUCAAACAUAUACACAAGUGUAUUGAAAGUGUGUUGUUUCAUUAAAAGACCUUUGCACAUCAACUUAUGUCCACUGUUGUUGGAAUUCACGUUACAUCACGUUUACAUAUGCACAUUCUCUUAAUUAUAUAUUACUGCUUGGAAUACGGUUCGAUCCUUUGUGAAACUUGCCAUUGGUUUUUUCUGGCACAAAGGCAGACUUUACUACCUGUAACUUCUAGAUGCAUGGUUAAAACUGUGAUUACUUAGAUCAAUGAUUUGACAUUUGUCUUAAAAAUAAAAGUGAAAGAAACUGAAAAUUUUCUCGCGUAAAUAAUACUUUCAAUGUGCUUUUUUUGUGGCUCUUGUGCAUCGUAGGGCAUGUAAUGAAGGUAUAACAAAUGCUAAAUUUUGGAAAGUGAUUUAGUACAAUUUGAAACACAGUGCAUCUUAUUUAUAUUCUUGACCACGUAACAACAAUCAUUCUAAUUGUCAUCGCUUAAGAUUACACCUAACAAGAUUAAAAUAUAUGCACUAAAUAAUAAUAAUAAUAAUAAUAAUGAUAAUAAUAAUAAUAAUAAUGACAGCUGUUUUAUGUGCUUUAUUUAAUGAAGUUCACUUCAUACUAAUUAUGUAGUCCUCAUGUGUACAUCUCUUUUCAGAAUUCAUUGUGUUUGUAAUAUGUUCGUUUGUGUGAUUAAAAACCAUUAAUCUGGUUAGUUCCUAAAGCUUUUAACAGUGUGAUUCUUUCCGAAUGUCAAUGUUUUUAUCCUCUAAGAAAUCAUCGUGCUACUGAUAUGCAAUUACUUGUGUAAUGAACAGCUAUUAAUAUGAUCAGUUCGUCAGGGUCUUAGUUACAUAAGUGUUUGCUAAUUUUAACAUUCAUAAUCAAGCACGUGGCCAUCAAAUGAAAGCUUGAACCAGUAUAUCCCUUUCAUAGCGACUUUGUUGUUGUUGUUUUUUUUUUUGGAAUGAACCUGCUGUUUCAGAUAGCCAAAGAUCCUAUGUAGCUUUUAAACAGCUUUUAUUUCAACUCAGAAAAUUUCACGAUCUAAGUCUUGUUAUACCUUCAUUAUGUGUACCUUAGCAGAGGAUGCAAAUAAGCCCAAACCAAAUGAACUUGCUGGAGGCGUUCCUUAUGACUCUUCUGAAGAAGAUCAUGAUGAAAAUAAUGCUUCAAGUCGGCCAAGAGGUGCCAAGAUCUUGGCCCAUGGAUGCUGCGCAGGACUUGCAAGCAAGAGUAGACUAUAUACUUUUUAGUCCAGAGCCCUCUUAAAGGGUGAAAGGCUGAGACACACUAGGCGACAAAUCGCUGCAACAGGAUAUAUAUGAUUUUAAGGAAUCUCUUUUUCAAGUUUGUAGUUGUGUGCUAAUCAAUGUUGGGACCAAUUGGACCCAGCCACGCCACUACAUCUCCACAGCAAAAUGGCUCCACAUCAAGUUCUUGCAACAUGUCAUGGGGACAGAUUACAUUAACAUUGUGUCUCGUAUGAAUUUUUGUAAAAGAAACUUCAGGGCUUUGACUGAACUUUUUCAUUGUGAUCAAUUGCAUGAAUUAAACUUGGUUUGAAUUUGUGUAACUGAUUUCAGUGACAAAACUUUGAUUCAGAGACAGGAAUUUUCGUGAAAAUCCCCCAUUUUACAUGAGGCGAACUGUGACUGCAAUUUGUUCCCAUAGCACGUUACAGCCACUGGUUGUGAAAGCAAUACACAUAGAGCGGCUUGUUUCAGAGACCUGUUGCUUGUUGCCCAGUAUGUCGCUACCUCUAUUAUCAACACUAAAUUAUUAAUAAUUCGCUUAACAGAAAAAGUCCUUGAAAUAAUUCUUACGUUGUCUAAAUAGUUUUUUAGAAUAUGUAUGCGUAACGGAAAUCCAACAAUAUUCUUAUAGCAUUUAGCUUUAGUACCUUAAAUGUAGCUUUUUCUAAGCUAUAUGUUAGUUAUAUACUAAAAUGUGAUGUAUCUUUGACCAAUUUAAAAGUGUAUGUUUGAGUUAAUGUUAUUGUAUUACCUUUGAAAUCUGUGAAAGUCAAUCUAUUUUUUUUCUUUAUUUAAGCCUUCUGAUUUUGUUUCAUCAUUGGCUUUAUUCUCUGGGCUAAUUAUUCUUACUGAAGCAAAUUUUUGCACUGUGGAGUUAAGUAAUGUCUUAAUUUUGUUCUGGAAUAAUUUCUUUUUUGUGAACUCAGGUUACGAUUGAUUUUGCUUUUUACCUCACAAAAUGCCGAAACUGCAAAGUUAAUUCAUGAGGCAUAACGAGACUGAGGGUCUUUUCCAAUGAUGGCAUUUUGGGUAUACACUUUAUAAUAAUUGCCAACCAACUAUAAUUUCUGUGAUGACGUAAAAACUACUAAUUGAAAGGCAGAUCAGCUUGGCAGAACCUUGUAGCGGCUUCAUUUGGUAAUGGCGGUAGUGAAUCUGUGUGAGUCAUAAGAACCUGUGCAAAAUUUUCAGCACAGUAUUAAGUUGAAGGUUUUCUUAUGCAAAUGUAUCUCAGAUUUCAAACUUUCUAAAUUUUACUUCUCAAAUUUCUCUUCUGGUUGAAUGCUCAAUUUGUUUUACAAUUCUAUCAAUUUUAGAAAAUUAUCUUAUUGUUUUGUUUCAUCUUGGAAACUUGAGAAACAAAAUGAGGUUUUGUGAAACAAAGGGCUGAAAAAAUGCACAAACGUUUAAGAUUGGAACAGGAACAAGAUGUAGAAAAUUAUUGUUUUCAAUCUAAAAGAAUGUCACAGUUUCAAAUUUUCUUCUCAUCAAUUACAAAAGAUGAUUGUAUAAAAUUGCAGUGUUAAAUAUAGUAAUUAUUAUUAUAGGAUUGUAUCAUGAUUUUUAGAAACAAUUCUUUACUUUUUAAUGUGUUCUGAAAGCUGAUCUUUGGUAUAACGAAACUGAAAGUGUGAGUAGGGAAAUACCAAGUAUGUUUCGUUUUUGUAAUUAUUAUUACGUCAUAUUUAUUACAUCCCCUAAUGAAUAUAUUUUAAAUGAGAAUCAAGAGGGAGAAACACAAUGGAGGCAAGGAAAUUCAUACAUGUUGAAGUAACUGAUGUUUGUUCAUUAAAGUUAAUUUUUUUAGACUGUCAAACUGCUCUCCAUACAAGUAGCAUACCCUUUCAUGAUUGAUUUGACUUUCUUGAACGUUUGCUUGAUAUUCUUAUGGUUAUUUUCAUCUACACAUGUCAAUGUUUCUUAAACUUGCUAUAUAUAUAGAUAUAUCUUGAUAGAAUAGAUUCAACAAGAGGAAUACUAUAUUACUACUAUUACAGUGAUACACAAGAAUUUUUGUUCUUUCAGUCGGUGAAUUUUUGUCUUGAGUAUUUGAUAGGCAAUGGAUUUGAAAACCAAAGUGAAUAUAGCUAGACACUUAUGUUGCUGGUUUAAUUUUUUACGAUGAAGGUCACCAUACCACAGUGGUUAUUUUGUGUAACUAACGGUAGAAGGAGUUGCAGGUUGACAGAGUUAUAUGCGCACAUUUAGUUCAAAAUGUUGUGCGUGGAGAAUGGGCUCCUGCAAAAAAGCGAUUCGUUCAGUUUUGAUUGAUAAGCAAAAUAUAAAUUUAGUGAUCAAGAUGUUGAUAUUUGUUAGUUUGUUAAAAUAGUUAUCCUUACCGGUCAGUUAUUUGAUGUGAUUUUAUUUAUUGAACAGUAAUUUAUUAGACCUGUUAAUCGGAAUAUGAAGUGCAAUGUUAAAGCUGUUUGUUUGAUUUUCAGAAAGACAUCCAGAAAAAAAAUUCCAGCACUAUGUACUUAUUACAAAGAAUGAGGCGUCAUAUAAAAGAAAAUAGUAUUCUCAGUUACAAUAAAUUUGCAAACAACUUCAAAUGGAUAUUUUGUUAUGUGUUACCAGUGUUACCAGAAAAAUUCGCAGGUUGCUGGCUCUUACGUGCAAUCGAGAUCAUUCAUGUGAUAUUUUAGUGAGCUUUGAGUAGGUACUGUUCAGUUAAUUUUCUACACAAGGAACUUUUCAUAUGAAUAUAGAACAAUUUUUUUAAUUGAGUGUCGAAGGUGAUCUAAGAUUGCAUUGGGGUUUGCUUUACUUCGAUGUGUGAUUGGUCGAGAAAACUCGCGCUUCUUUCUCAACCAAUCAGAUGCGAAACUUAAACCAGUCACGAUUUGGUCGCCCGCGUUUUGCCGCGCUUUAGUUGAGUUGUUUCUACUUUGAUUUGUCAUUGACUCAAAGGUAUUUCCUUGCUUCUGGUUGGCCGAUGUGAUUGGUUUGGUUUGGGUUAUACGACACUCGAUCGAAAAGCACUUUAUGUACAUGUUGUGGAGUUUAGAGUUUGAAGCUUACUUAAAGCCUCUCACGACUUGAAGAGUUAUUUUUGUAAGUGCACUCACAUUUACGAUUUUUUUGAUUCAGAUGAAUUCGCAAAUUUUUUUUUCAGAUUUUUUCUUGCAACUCCUAUGUUAGGAAAGAUUUUUGGUGUUGUAUGAAAAAUCAUUUACACCUUAUUACAUCAUAACCGUUUAACCCUCAGGAAUAAUGAACUUGUGUCUUCUUCAUUAGCAUUUUACAUCAUCCAGCAAACAGUAUAGGGGAAUAGAUUAACUCAUCAGUUCGACAGGGUCACAGCUAAAUUUACGGAGUUCUGCGCACCCUACACUAAGUUCACAACAUUUGUUGUUUGACAUGUUUUCUCGGUAAAACCAAGCUUAAUCUCUCAGUAGCGUGAAUGUGUUAAUUUGGUAUGUAUGAUGUGUUAGCAAUAAGUGGUAAAUUGUAACCGUCAAUUCUAAAAGAUCAUUCCUUUCCUUUAAAUGAGCUGGUAACAUCAAACGUCUCUGUUGCUUUCAUAAAAAAUAAGAAUUUUUACUAAAUUUAAAUUUUACGUAUUUUGCAUCCUAAUUACAGAAUUCUUGUGUGUCAAGAACUAAUACUAUUGAAUAUUCAAUUUUAGCAUCGGAUAAAUGAAGCAAUAACUACUCCUUAACUCUUGUAAUCAUUUCUGAUUUGAGCUAUAGCUAUAUAAAGCUUUACUACACUCAGUUAAAAUAUGUAUUUGGUUAUUUUAAUAACUCUGACUUGAGGUUUUGAAAAGGAAAUACCAGUGCAAUCCUCUAAGUGUGUUAAUGUUUGUAUAGAGUGUAUGUUUGAAACCUUGACCCGACAUUAACAUCAAUAGAUAAUGAAUAAAAGAAAUUCAAUUUCAAAUCAAAGGAGAAAUGGACUGAGAAACAUAAAAGAAUGACUAGAAUAUAACCUUUUUGAUUGUAAAUCAAUUGUUGCCCUAUUAUUAUAACGUAUAAGUCUAACCUUCAAAAUUGCUCGCCGUCAGCAUGACCAACAACAAUGCAUGAGUAUAGGUGUUCCACCGUUCAUUUCCUAGGUAGUCCAAUCCUUCCAGAACUUCCCGCUCAUCGACCGCCUUCAACAUUCAGUUUAAAAGAAGAUGGGCAGAAAUCAAGAAAAUCAAAGAAAAAGUUUAAUAGGUAAGCUUUGUGAUUAUUUUAAGAAGUAACUUGUAGCCAUGUUGAAAGACGUUGUUUACUUGUAACUUCAUGGAACGUUCGUGUCUUUUUUUCUUCCCAAAAAUGUUUUUCCUACUAAUUUGCUGUUGAAGACGCUGGGUUCCCGCGUGCCUGUCUCUUACUAGGAGAAGCAACCCUUAAGACUUAAGUUGACCCAACCCCCCCCCCUUAACUUUUAUUCAUUGCGUUUUGUCGUUUACAGGGAUGUCGCUGGUGAAUUUAACUGUCUUAGAAGAAGAGUGGAAGAACUUCAGCUCGUAAGUUGAUAUCACUACAUUGAUAAUCUUUUAAGAAAUAACCCACUAAUUUAGAACCACGUACACAAGAAAACUUCCGUCUUUAAAGAAAUGAAAAAAACGUAAGUGAGCACUGGAAAUCAGUGGACAGUUUUUGUCAAAUACUAUUGCUGGACCAUCAUCACAAUACAGUUUAUUCUUAUACCGUAAGUGCAUUAUACACGAAACUAUACUACUUCGCCUUACACCACAAAUAGUCAUUGAAAAUGAGGUAUCUAUGAAAGUCCAUUAUCUUUUUUUCGUGUGUGUGUUAACAAGAUUUCUCAAAUAGUGUUCAGAAAUGUCAAAAUUUUCCAGCAGUAUUAUUUUUAGUCUAAUCACAAACUGUUUCAAGCAUACAACAAAAAGCAAUUAGAUUUUGUUUCGGUUAACCAAAACAAAAUCAAUCAGAACUCAAAGGAUAAAUAGGAAACAUUUGUGAUUGGAUCAAAUUUUCAUGCAGUAGGUUUCCAAUCAGAAUAAAGGAAAAUAUCGUUAGGAGCUAGUCAGAACUCAAAGCACAAAGAGGAAAGUUUUGUGAUUGGGUCCAGUUUUACAUGUAAUUGGUUUCGAGGGUGCCACGAAAUUUGUUGACCAAUCGGAGAGAAAAGUGGAGCUAAACACUUUUGAAAACUUGCUCGAAUUUGUCAACAUUUAGUCUUUUUUUUUUCCAUUCGCAGGAAACUGAGUCCCUUCGCCAGAGUUUGCUCGAAGAGAAAACCGCUCGGAAAAAGAUGGAGAAGUUCAUCCGGUGUUCCCUGAAAGGAGUGAUUCCAGAUGUUAAAUGGGAGGAUAUGGAGAAAAGUUAACACAAAUUUAUCUGUUGUAGUAUUUCAUAACUGCACCAAUUGCUUAAAAAGUUUUUAAAAUAUUAAUUAAAACAUACUCAACACUGCACUAAAUUUUUUUAACUUUCAUCUUUUUAUGGGUAAUGCUUCUUUUAACCAGUAAGUUAAUAUUCUAAAACUGUUAUUUCUGUUCUAGGACGUCAUUCAAACCUGACACCUUGUCUUUGAAAUUCUUAGGAGGUUUAGAAUAGUUCAUAAUUAUAUGGUUCUUGUAUAUUUUUUACAACGUAACAUGACUUUGGUAUUUCUAAAGAAUUUCAAGAGUGAGUUCCCUAUCAUGAACGAUAAGUUUUUAAACAAAGGAAAAAAAAAUUCUCUAUUAGUUUUCUACAGCCCAUGUUUGGUGAAAUUAGUGCUGUUUAUCUUAAUUUGGUGUAAAUAUAGUUUCGUUAUUACUGAGUCGUCUCUAUAUCUGUGUGGUAGUUAGGUUAAAGAGAUAAUAUCUAUAUCUUUAAGCACCAGAUAAUAAUAUAUUACAGAUAUUUCUAAUUCUGUCAUACGGCGCCCUUACAUUGGAUUACCAAUUUAGGAGCAGAUCCCAGACAAACUCACUGGAAUUGAAAUCAACUUAAUUCGUAACGGCCAUUUUGAGUACAUGGUCAGAAUGUACCGUGUCUGGAAACCAGCCCGCAAAUUUGUACCACUACGAAGAAUCUAAACGUUCACUAAGGUCUUUCUUUCAGAGUUCCAAGUGAUUAUUGGGUGGUAUCUCUUCUCCAUACUAUCCUGCCUAACGUAUAUGUCUGCACUUAGUACUAACUGUGAGUUCGUCAAGUUUCUUAAAUGUCUAAUCGAAUGCAAGGGUGCUGUUGCGAUGUUUGUGCAGCAACGGCAGGAGGUAACUCUUAUCGUUUUAUUCGGUAUGAUAUAUGGCUGUGAAGCUUUGUUCAUUUUACCAUAUUGCGCCUUGCUAGAAAUAACUUCGUCUGUUAGUUGAAUGUAAAAUCCUUAGGCUUUCCUUUGUUUGAGUGACACUAAAUUGGAGGCGAUGUUUUUACCUUUUUAUUCGUGAUGAUAUUUUGUGGUAGUCAAUCUUAUGAUAAAGACCCGUUCUAAAAAAUGUUGCUAGUCAAAAAUAUACCUGAUAGAUAUCUAUAGUGGUUUGUAGUUGACUAAAGUGAUCACAACGGGCUGUCAUAAGAAAGGUUUUCAUCAUGAGCCAAUGAGCAAUCGAAGAAAAAAAAACAGGCAAACUACCAAAAGCACGGGAAAACGUGGACGUCUGAUUGGUUCAUAACAUGGGACGAGUUUUUUUUUCGACCAAUCACACACCGAAGUAUACGAAAACCGAAGCCCUCCCGGAUUACUUUCGACAUUUGAACGUAAAUUACUCGAUGCCUGUUCUUAUAUUUGAACGGAGUCGGCAAAUAUUGGUACGAAUUUGUCCGUCUUUCAACUUUGCAGACCGCGAAUCGGAUUUCUAUUUCUGAAGAUUUUCUUCCGCCUUUUUUUUCCACCUCGACAAGUUCUUCUUCCAAAAAUUUCCCGAAGUGUACCCAUCUUAAAGGUUUUUACUGUUCAUUUCUCAGAAAUUUGAAAUUGUUUUUUACGGUGAGGAUUGCUGAGCGUUACGUUACAUAAUCCAUCAUUUUUAUCGUGUAGACCCUUGUUGACAAAUAUUCUCGACCAAUGAGCGCGCGAGAAUUUCUACAGUUAUUAUAAAAAUGUAUGUAAGUCUUGGGUAAACAAUGCAAACAUCUCGGCAAACUGGUGUCAAGUUGACACAAAGAAUGUGAAAAAUUUGACAUCAGCCAUUCCUAAAUCGUCUUAUAAAAUUACCUUAGGAUUUAUUGACUUUCAACACUUUUUUCGAGGAUAAAACAAAAGGCAACUAUCUGUAUUUUUACUCUCAAAUUACAACGUUUUUGAGAACGGGAGUAAAUAUAGAUAUAUUCACCUCGUUCCCUAUUCAUUUCUGUGGAUUGUUAGGCAAGAAAAUUCCCGUCUUAAAGUAACGUCAUAAAAACAGAAGUCUUCUAUUGAGUGUCACCAAACUAAAGCCAAAGUAAACGGAGGGAAUACCAUAAGGAGCCAAUGAGAGGUCAAAUUGAAAAUGAGCUAACUGCUUAAAGCGCGGGAAAACGCGAGUGAUCAACCCGCGAUUGGUUUCAGUUUAGCUCUGAUUGGUCGAGGGGUUAAGUGCUAGUUUUCUUGACCAAUCCCAGACCGUUGUGAAGCAGAGCCAAAGCAAUUCGGGAUUAUACUUUCGACACUCAAAAUUUAUGUUACACACGUUAAGGAUAAAGAGGAUUUUUUUAUUGAGCGAUCGUUUUACCACGGAUACCCGAAUUUUUCAAAGAUUCAAUUGAUUAAAGGUUAAGAUAUCAUUUUGACUUGAUGAUGAGAAGUAAAAAAGAAGGGGGAUACAUGUGCCAUACUUCUUCGACGAACUUGGCCCUGUUUAAAAAGCGUUUGAGUUUUCAUCGUACUUUAAUUUAUUUCAUAAGUUUUAUAAACUUUUUCUAAUUUAAAUAUGGAUUUACAAAGAAACUUCGCCUCAGUAAAAGGCAUCACUGACUUUGUUUACGUUAUGAGAUAAUAUAUCAAUCUCUUUAUACCUGGAAAAUAUUUUAAAUGCUAUCAUGAUCAGAGUCUUGUUUGUCUCUUUAUAUAAGCUUAGGAAGAGGGUGAAACUCGGCGUCCCUUAUAACUAAUUGUUUAUCAUGUAAGAUUGUUUGUAAAGCUUAGGUAAUGAUCAUUACAAUUACUUUGUAUUGAUAUCUAACUGGAAAAUACACUUUUUCUUGAGUUAACUGUCAUUUUAUUUCUAUUAAUAGUUAUUAAUUGUGUUGUAGUUUUUGCGCCUUUUCUAUUCUUGUUUUACUUUUAAACUUCUGUGUAUUGUCUCCAAUGCGUUAUGGUUGGUUUGUAAAAGUCAUUUAACAAGAGAUUUAAGGAACGUUUUUGAAUUACUCUUCAUGGUCUGCAUCACGCUCCUUCAAAUUGUCAGCACCUGUUGUGAACUCCUUUGCAUUCUAACUCUCUGUACUGUUCUCUAUACAUUUCCUAAGGUUCUGACAAGGAGAAUUUCUUUAACAAUCAAGGGCUUCUUUAGUUGGCGAUCACUUCCUAUAUUCUCAUGACCUUGAUUUGUGAUCAAAGGGUUUUGAUUUCCUUACAAUAUCAAUACAAUAUCAAGCAGGGGUGACGAGAAUGAGAAGGAUAAAUUAGAUUUUAGUGAUCCAAUACCUUUCUGAUCAUAAAAGAAUUAUGGCAGAUAGUAAGGAGAAAAAGGAUCUUUAACGUAAUAGUGGUAUGGAAUGAUGUUGCACUCUUAAAUGUUGUGUUGUUAUUUAACUGACCUGUAAAUUAAGGUGUACUUGAUACGUUUAUUUUUUCGCAUGCACUAGCGGCAGUUAUUCUAAACUUGUCUGUGUCUGUGUAUUUUACUAUCUUCAGCAGAUUCACCCAAGACCUCCUUCUUGGCCAAAUUGAAAGGCAAGAAAAACUAAAUUUAACUUUAAAAGAAAAGCCUUGGAAGUUUGCAGGGAAAAGCUGCACUAUUCGUAAAUUGGUAGAUCCUGUAUUGCGUCAAAGUAGCGCGGAUUGUUUUGUUAAAUGUUUUAUAUAUUUUCAUACUUUUACUCCACUUAACUUCGAGGUAGAUCAAGGCCUUAUGGUUCAGAAGUCUGUAUACAAAUUUUACAGCCACAAUAGGGUUUUAAAAAGGAAUGAAGACUUGUAGCGGGUGUCAGUAUUAAUGAUGUUACCUCAAUUAGAAAGAUUCCCACUAAGUAGCAGUAUUUGAAGAGAGAGAAAAGUCGAGGGAAGAGUGAUUUGAUUUGAGUUUUGCGCAACUGGCUUACAAAGCCUUAUUCAGACCCACCCAAGUCUUGUUAGAGUAAGACGAAAAUCUAGGAGAUGACAGCAUAUCAUCUUGCACUAAGUAUGUCACAAAUACCUAGCUUAUAAUUUAAACUUGAGUCUUAAAGUUUGUUUGUUCUUAGUUAGGAAUA